GACCCAGACGAGUGGAAGAACAGAAACCAGACUGUUUCAGUUCAUGAUGUCUGGCCUGUGGUGGAUGGCUGUGAUGGUGACCAUGUUCCUGAGUCCAGGGAACAGUUCGGCUGCUGUGGACCAGAACCUGCUCGCAAGAACUGUACAAGACAUCCUGAACAUGUAUAAACCGCAGCUACCAAAUGGACAAUACUGCAUGUUCAGUCUGGCUGUGAGCAUCCCAUACGACUAUACUGUCAAUCUCAACGCAGUUUAUGAGUCCGACCCUGGUGAUGAGGUGAAGACUACGAUUCUGAACUGUGACGUGUACACUGGCAGGAGGGUGGUCGCAGCCACAGUUCUGAAAUGGCCUAACGUUCUGACGCAGUGUCCAAAUGGACGUGUCCAAUGGCUUGAUGUUGUGGAAAAAUGCAGACCUGAACAAGUCAAAACAUGGGAUGAUGUUAGGAGGAUGUGUCCUGAUAAGGUUUACGACGGUCGGGCUGAUCAUGCAGAAUAUCGUACUCUGGAGAACUUCAACAACCUUGUGAACAGUCAUAACAGAAAUGAUUUGUUGCUGUUUUACGUUCAUGCGUCCUCGUGUCCUCUGAAGUGCAUAUUUGGAAAUGAGAGGGUGAAUAUUUUAGACCGUAUAAAUCCUAUCCGCAACUGGAGCAAUUAUGCCUUUGUGUUUUCGCAAGUAUUUAAGCCCCGUUUUGGUGAACCCAUACCAGAGGAAAAACUAAGACAAGCCCUUUUGCAUCUUGGGACGUACAGUGGUCGACGAGGGCCGAUCGGUCUGGAUAAUAUAUUCCUCUGUGAUAAAGUCCAAGGUCGUAUGCAAUGUACCUGCUGCUCCUCUGGUGGUGAAGUUACACCAUUAUGUUAUAGAUACAGAAAAACACAACAAUAACCUUCUGUAAAUUGAAAUAUAUUUAAACAUUUGAUGAUUCACUUUGAGGUUCAGUUGGUUUUUUGGGGUGUAUAAGUAGUUUUUGUUUAAUUUUGAGGAAUUCCUGGGGAGUUUUAGUUUAGUUUUAGUUUAAUUUUUAAUUUAGUCUUAAUUUCUAGAAGGUGAAGGGGGUGGAAUGUAAGAAUGAAUGAUAUUAAAUAUUAAAGGUUUUUAAAAACUCCUUUAGCUCCUGGACAUUUAGUCAAACACUGUUAAAGUACAGGUCAAAAUCACAAACGAUUGAAGUAUCACUUGUGUCGUCUGAAAAGAACAAAAUAUAAGCCAUUGAAAAGGGGUUGAGACAGAUAUGUUCCUUAAAGGGGUUCUAUGUAUUAUCAAUCACCUAAACUCUCAACAGCAGAGGGACAUCACAUACCAGAGCACACUCAGGACCAAAACCACCCACGAAUCCACUCUAUGUACCCACAGACUG